AUGGGUGAACCGAGGCCACAGCGGCGCGCCGACCGCCCCCCUCCUCAAGCAUCCGGCGGGCGCAGCCUCGUUAACCGCCCGCACACACGGACCCCCGCCGGCCAUCCGCCCGGCCCUCCCUCGCGGCCCCUUCCCGUCCCCGGGCCUGACCCCCGGCGCUGCCUGACGGAUGACCUCAGCUGCCGCCAAUCCAUUGGUUCCAGCUCCCGGGGGGAGCGCAGAACAAAGCGCGCUUUGUGGCGGGGCCGUCCCCUCGCCCGGCGCGUCCGCUGCCGGGACCCCCUCCGGAACUCCGAGCGACGAGCCGCCCUCCCCCCAUCCCCCGACAGCCGUGUAAUGUCUUCCAGGCCGCGCGGCUCCUUCCAGAGCCCGCGGGCCUCGCUCGCCUCCCCCGGGGGCUCCCCGGGCCGCCCAGGGCCCCCCAGGCAGCGGGAGUUGGGGGCGCCCCCAGCGGAAGGUCGUGGUGGCCACCAACCGUCCUUGCGGAGAGAGCCAGGGGCAGGUAACCCCACAGGACGCGGCGGCGGCGGCGGCGGCGGCGCGGGCCCCGUGGUGGUGGUUCGACAGCGGCAGGCGGCCAACGCGCGGGAGCGGGACCGCACGCAGAGCGUGAACACGGCCUUCACGGCGCUGCGCACGCUCAUCCCCACCGAGCCGGUGGACCGCAAGCUGUCCAAGAUCGAGACGCUACGCCUGGCGUCCAGCUACAUCGCGCACCUGGCCAACGUGCUGCUGCUGGGCGACGCGGCCGACGACGGGCAGCCGUGCUUCCGCGCGGCUGGCAGUGCCAAGAGCGCGGUCCCCGCCGCCCCCGACGGCGGCCGCCAGCCGCGCUCCAUCUGCACCUUCUGCCUCAGCAACCAGCGCAAAGGGGGCGGCCGUCGUGACCUGGGGGGCAGCUGCUUGAAGGUGAGGGGGGUAGCCCCCCUCCGAGUGCCGCGGAGAUGAGCCUGGACCCCUGUGGCAUUUAUUCCACACAGGAGCCUGGAGAAGGAGGCCAGAGGCCAGCCUCUGGGUGAACAGGGGAGAAGACCCCAGGAGCCCAACCCAGAUGUCUUUCGUGUUGGGACCUGAGGACCGUGGUCUGGGCCCAUGAUGCUGUGGGCAGGCUCGCUGGGACACCUCCACCGCGCCCCGGAGAGCCACGAGGACCCAUCCAGCAGGCUCCAGCCCUGGCUGGUCAGAGACAAGGCAGAACUUUUGGAAAAACAAAGACUGUUGAUGACAGAGGAUGUGUGCAUAUCUGUGAAUAAGUGUGUGUGUGUGUGUGUGUGUGUGUGUGAGAGAGAGAGUGAGAGAGAGAGAGAGAAUUGGUGGGUUUAAAAUAAAAAAGUAUUUUUAAAUAAAAGCUAUUCCCAUCUGAAAGAACGGGGGAGGGGGACUCCUGUCCGAGGUCAGAGGUGGCCUCUCUCCUAGACCUUGGCAGAGGCCCAGAUGUCGCAGGUGCUGCCCUGUGCCCUGGAGGGCAUGGGGCUGGGGAACGGCAGGAGGACCCCUCUCCAGAAGUCAAAAUGACCAGACUCUCCCCGCAGUCUUCUUGAACAGCUGCUAGCUAUCUGGGCUGGUUGGCAAGAAAUUUUCAUCGUAUUUAUUUUUUAAUAAGGGACGGAUUUAUUCACGUGGGCACAAUUCAAAAGGUACAAGAGAACGUGCAGUGAAACCUCCCUCCCUCGCGUCCCCCAGCCACUGGUUCUCCCCCUGCAGGCAGCGUCUGCCACCAGACUUUGUGAUGUCCCAU